UUGUUCUCAAAUCAAAGAAGAGCUUGCUGCAGCUCGACCAAUAGAGAAAGCGAUUGUUUGGUGGCGAAGGCUUUCAGGAAGCUUCAGUGGGUUAUUCAAGUGUGCUGGUCUGAAUUACAGUUCUGGAGAUGAUGUGGCUUCAUCGUGGGCUAUAUUUGAUAUAGUGCCUUCUAGAGCCCUGGAAUGCCCCAAGGCGCUUUACAACACAAUCAGUCAUUCACCCAUUCACACGCUGGUGUGGAUGGGCUACGAUGUAGGCACAGCUGCCCUGGGGCGCACUGACAGAGGCGAGGCUGCCGAGCACUGGAGCCACCGGUCCCUCCGACCACCUCCAGCAGGCAAGUGGGGUUAAGCAUCUUGCCCAAGGACACAAUGAUAGCGACAGACUGAGGGGGUCUUGAACCUGCAACCUUCCGAUUACAUGGCGAGCACUUAACUCCUGUUCCACCGUCGCCCCACAAAUCAUUAGCACGGGAUCUCCAGCUUUCGCUGUAGCAGUUCACAGCCGAGUGUGAAGCAGCUGGGAUGAGAAUCGGCUCCUCUAAAUCUGAGUCCAUGGUCUUGAUCCGGAAAAGGAUAGAAUGCCUUCUCCGGGUCAGGAAUGAGGUCCUGCCUCAAGUGGAGGAGUUUAAGUAUCUCAGUUUCUUGUUCAGCAGUGAGGGAAAGAUGGAGCGCAAGAUCGAUAGGAGGAUUGGUGCAGUGUUUGCACUGAUGCAAGCAUUAUACCGGUCUGUUGUGGUGAAGAGAGAGCUGAGCCGGAAGGUAAAGCACUUGAUUUACUGGUCAAUCUACCCUCAUCUUGACGCGGAGUACAGAGGUCUGGUGAGAGAUUUUGUCGCAUGGAGUCACUCGAAUCACCUGCAACUCAACACCUUAAAGACUAAGGAACUGGUUGUGGACUUCAGGAGGUCAAGAGAGGGUCCAGUGCCAAUUAAGAUAGAGGGGGAGGAGGUGGAGGUGGUCAAUAAGUACAAGUACCUUGGGCUGUGGGUGGACAAUAAACUGGACUGGUCAUGCAACACAGACCACCUGUAUAAGAAAGCCCAAGGCCGACUGUACUUCCUCUGGAGGCUGAGGUCUUUUAACAUCUGCAGGAAGCUCCUGAGGAUGUUUUACGAGUCAGUGGUUGCUGGAGAACUUUUGUUUGCUGUGGUGUGCUGGGGGAGUGGCACAGCGAAGAAGGACACAUCUAGGCUGGAGAAGCUGAUCAGGAAGGCAGGCUCUGUGGUCGACAUGAAACUGGACACUUUGGUGUCAGUGGCAGAGGAAAGGACAUUAAAAAAACUGCUUGACAUUAUGGACAAUGUUGGGCAUCCUCUGCACACGGCCAUAAACAAACAGAAGAGUCUGUUCAGUGAAAGGCUGCUUCUCCCCAAGAUAAGAACUAACAGACUUAAAAACUCCUUUGUCCCACACGCCGUCAGACUGUAUAACUCCUCUCUGGAGGGGAGAGGGAGGAGAAACAGGAGGACAAAGGAGGGGGGGGGGGGGGGGGGGGGGGACACCGAAGCUGUAGUGACUCUUCACUUCACUGUGCAAUACCUUCUAUGCAAGUACCUUUGUUAAACAGUCAAAUUGGUUUAAUAGUCAACGGUGCUAAGGACUUUGAUAUCUGGAAGGUGCAAUUCAAUUGUAUUUUUAUCUUUAUUUCUAUUUUUUAUUAUUAUAUAACAUUUUCUGACGCUCUGUAACUUCUGUCGGUGUUGUGCUGCUUUUUUUGGAAACCGAAUUUCCCAAAGGAACUCAGCCGAGGGAUUAAUAAAGUUCUAUCUUAUCUUAUCUUAUCUUAUCUUAUCUUUGGUCACAAACUUUGGGCAGUGACUUAAAGAACGAGGUCGACCAAGCGGUGAAAAUGUGUUUUCUCGGCAGAGUGUCUGGGCUCUCCCUUAGAGAUAGGGUGAGAAACUCGGUCAUCCGGGAGGGGCUCAAAGUAGAUCUGCUGCUCCUCCACAUUGAGAGGAGGCAGUUGAGGUGGUUUGGGCAUCUAGUUGUCUCCUGGAUGCCUCCCUGGUGAGGUUUUCUGGCCACAUCCACCCCCGGAGGAGCUGGCUCAAGUGACUGGGGAGAGGGAAGUCUGGGCCUUCCCGCUUAAGCUGCUGCUGACCCAACCCCAGAUAAUGAAUGAAAAUUAGCAGAUGGAUGGAUGACAUGUUUUAGGGAGUAGAGCUGAGUCAGCGUUUGUUGUUUUUGAGCUAGCAUCCAGUCUCUUUGAUGUUAUCGUGACAUUUUAUAUAUUUUUCAAACUCCUUAAAUUCUGUUUGGCAAAGGGGGUCAGCCUGGUUUGUUUUGUGCUUUAUAGCGUCCACUAGUAUUAAUGUUGGGCUGAGGAGUGAUCAGUAACAUCCUUAAGACAGCUAUAAAAAGCUUUGUGUAGCAGAGAGAGGCCAGGGGCAGCGCAAGAUCGCAGGAUGCUGUGACGCUCCAGAGGAAGCAAUCGCCCAACUGCUCACUUUACAAAUGCUCUCAGCAGAGGCAGUCCUGCUGUUUUGACAGCACUGUUGAGACUUAUGUGUGCUGACAGAAGGCCAAGGGAAUCUAUCAUGACUGACAACACUGGGCAUUGUGGGAAGACUAUAUGAGACAAAGAAGAUGCUCUGACUGGUCUGCAUCUCAAAUUAAGAAACUGCUACAGCAGUUCAGUGUGCACGAUGUAUGAGCACCAAUUUUUCAUCCUUAUCCUCCGUUCACUGGAACUCUGUUGGUUUACUUGUAAACUUCUGUGUUGUAGGACACAAAAACACCUGGAUAAGUGUUCAUAAAUAACACUUAACUACAUUUUUAGACUGAAAUUUAGCAAGUUUAUUUAUUUUUUGGCAGUUCUAUCAGCCUCUGUAUCUGAUUUAGCUGUAUAAUGGCAGCAGUCAUAACAUGUCAGACCCUUCCUGGUCACAAUGUUUUGGUUUCUUUAGCCUUAUUCUGCCAUCAGUUCGGAACAGCCAGAAACGGUUGGACUUUUUUUUCCGGAGGAUGUGAGAUUAUCGCCAACUUGCAUCAUAUUUGUUUUGGUAAUGUUGAAAGGAAAGCAAUAGUCUCAGGGCACAAGGACAAUAAACAUAGAAUUGGUUUUGUGUACAGCUAAUUUUGUCCAAGGAUCUAACUUUUUCCAUUUGUUCAUCUGUGUUGAAUAGCUUUAUUUUGGUGCCCUGAGAUUUAUGUUGCAGAUGUUCCACCAACCUAAAGAAAAAUACAUGCUCUGGUAUGAUUGUAAAAUAAGGAAUGUCUGUAAUUAACUCAUAUCGUGCCAAACAUUUAUUUCUCAAUUUUCCGUUAUUUUAAUGUUUUACAUAAAUCUUUUCUAUGGUCCUUUCUCACACCUUUCAGGGUUUAACGUAUGAUUUGUCAGAAAAGAGUCAAAAAAGUUAAAAUUUUCAGUUCCAUAAAUGUUUAUUUUCUGAGCAACAAGGUUUCUUGUCAGCAGUGACGGUGCUGUUCUCCGAUUUGUGGAUAACCUAAACUCUUUUGUAAAACUGUUACAACACCAGAUAAGAUAUGUGAACUCUCAGCACAGAGGCAGUGCGACACAAUCUCUUGUGGUCAAUACAAUAAGGCUUAGUGACUGACUUUCCAUUGAAUGAAAUUGGCUAGGGACUCCGUCAGCCUCCACUUCCUUUCACUUCGCAGCGGUCGUAUUCAUAUCGCUUGGCCAUUAUUUGCUCUGGCUGACCCACGGAUGGUAGAUAUAAACCAAGAGCUUCUGAACGGUAACGUCGCUCAGCUGUUUCACAGCUUUGUUGCUGUUGGCAACAAUGAAAAGAGCAAUAUGGAGAUCAGUCUUUUAAAUUAAGCCUCUGAUAGAAGGCAGAAUCAGGAGAGAUUUGGGACUCUGUCACUGGGACCUUUACAUCUGUUCCUCCUCAUCCAGCCAGGUGUCUUGUGUUUAAAUCAACAGGAUUAACUCUGAUUGGACUGAUAGUCAAAACAGACCCCCUCAGUUGACAAAGCUCCUCCUUUUUAUGUCUCACAUUAAGAUCAAAUCAAGCCAUGCGCAACAGGACAAACUCCCCACCCUCCCUUGCCUUCUGCUGUCCAGAAGAAAGACAUCAGAGGUGGGAUUCGUCCCCACUCUGCUCUGGCUGCUCUUCCAGACUCCCUUCCAUCUGUGAUCCUCGGGGAGGAGAGGAAUAUCUGACAAGGGGCUCGUAAGCCUCUUAGCCCCCCUGUUGCCCGUUUCUCUCUCAGCCCAUGUUUUCCUAAUUUAGUUGUGUAAGAAGUCCACCACGAGGCCCUUGUGUGCUGUUUGGAUUGAUAUUCUCUUUGUGGUCCUAAUAGACUGGCUAUGUAUAUCAAUUAACACCACACACUCAUGGCAAGGUCAAAUCUCUGGAGGGCAGUGGAGGUAAUUCCUUUCUGACUAUUUCCUUAUGGAGUCAAUAAUGUUCAUUUAUUAAGGUAUUACUUAUGUUGAGCGGUUAUUGAUUAUAUAUUUACUAUUCCUAUAUUAGUUACUUUAUUAUGAUAUAAAUUGAACAUAUUUAAAUUUGUAAAGAUGGUGUAAUAGUCCAAUUUCUUAUUUAAAAUAAUUUAAUAACAUUUUAAAUUUUUAUAUUGAAGUCACAUCUUUAAGGAUCUACAUAUUUCUGUAGCCACUGGUUUGAAUUUAGAGCAGGUUGAGACGAAUAGAAGCAUCUCUAGUCAUGUAAAUGCACAGGAGAGGAAAAAUAAACACCUUCCUCACAUUU